CUUAUAGUAGUGCCCGGUCUUGAAAUUUUGGUAAUACUAGCUAGCAUUGCCAAUUGCAAUUGCCAUGGUUCCCAAAUUCCAUUUCCAAGUCAUAAUUAUAUUUCUUCUUUCAUCAUGGUUAUGCAUUACUUCUAGCUUGGAUACACAGAUAGGGGCCGAUUUUGACAAAUGGGUAUCUUGGAACGUGAAGAAUUAUUAUUAUGAGAAAAAGAGCACUUUGGAAGCCAAACGGAACUUGGUUGCAGCUGGUCCAGAUUUGAAGCUUAGGCAGGCUGAGAGUAACAGAAUUAGGAUAAGAGUUAGCCAAGAUGGUGCUGGUGACUUCAAGACCAUUACAGAAGCUCUUAAUAGCGUUCCACUACGCAACACUAGGAGAGUUAUAGUGUCCAUCGCACCCGGUGUUUAUAGGGAGAAGAUCAUGAUCCCCAGAACAUUGGCUUUUAUCACGUUGUUAGGGGAUGGUGGGGAUCCACCAACCAUUACUGGAAAUGAUACAGCGUCCUUCAACGGAAGAGAUGGAACUCCGUUAGGAACAUUCCAGAGUGCAACUGUUGCUGUGGAUGCUUCCUAUUUUGUGGCCAUCAACAUCAAAUUCGAGAACAGUGCUCCGCAUGUGAUUGGAAGGAGGGGGGAACAAGGCGUGGCGCUUCGCAUCUCAGGAACGAAAGCUGCAUUUUACAAUUGCACUUUCUAUGGGGAUCAAGACACUCUGUAUGAUCACAAAGGACUUCAUUACUUCAACAACUGCUCUAUUCAAGGUUCUGUUGAUUUCAUCUUCGGUUCCGGAAGGUCCCUUUACCAGAAUUGCUAUCUAAAUUCCACAACCAAAAAAGUGGCUUCGAUCACCGCUCAAAAGCGAACAAAUUCGUCAUUGGAGAGUGGAUUCUCGUUCAAAAAUUGCACAAUAACAGGUAGUGGGCAAGUUUAUCUUGGAAGAGCAUGGGGAGAUUAUUCCAGAGUUGUAUUCUCUUACACCUACAUGGACAAGAUAGUUCUACCCAAAGGAUGGAGUGAUUGGGGUGACCAAAAUCGUGACUCAAGAGUAUAUUAUGGAGAAUACAAGUGUAGUGGGCCAGGAGCUAACUCGCCUGGAAGAGUGCCAUGGGCCCGAGUGCUAACGGACGAAGAGGCCGAGCCUUUUAUUGGGACUCAAUUCAUUGAAGGGGACACUUGGCUCAUUAGCCCAUAAGCCCACAAGGGUGCAUUGCUCUAAUUAAUAAAUAAUUGAAAAUUGUGUUCUAAAUUUAAUAUGUACUUAUAAAUGUCAGAUAAUUUACAAAUAAUUGUUUCCAUUGCUCUAACUACUACUUGAAAAUAAGAGCACUAAAUACAUCAUUAAUCAUACAUGCAUGCAUGUAUGUCACUUGUCACUUGUCACUCCACCACCAAGUCUUGUUGCAUACAUGUGUUGCUUAAAUGGGAAAACAAAUGAAACACUAUAUAUUACUUAACACUGUUAUGAUGGAAAAAGGGCUGACGCGAGCACAAUGAAUGAACACCAUGCGUGCCAAAUGUUAAACCAACUUUAGAACUAUCAGAGUACGGAAAAAACAUCAAAUUUAUCUUCAAGAUUGAGAGACAUGGAUUAACAACAUGAUGUGCAAGAAUAUUAAUA